AUAGUCUCAUCUUGAUGCCCUCUGGUCUCAUUCCCUUCUUCCCUCCAUCUCUUCUCCUUUCUCCAUCCCUCGCUCUCUCGGAACCCCUCACAUACUGACCUGCGGGGAGAACAGAGGGAGAUCAUGCUGUCUGUACUGGCACUGACGUCCGUGGUGCUCUUGGGCAUAGCCCCUCAGACCACGGCUAUUGUUGUGUACACAAGCUGGGAGAGACAUGCGCUGGUGGGCACAGAUGUCAGACUCUCCUGCUCUUUCUUCUCUUGGCAAUGGACUUCUCCAGAUGUAACCUUCUCAUGGCACUACCGUCCAGAUGGGGCAAAAGAAGCCAUCUCUAUUUUCCACUAUGCCGGCGGAACACCCUAUGUGGAUACCAAAGGCCCGUUCCGGGACCGUAUGGAAUUUGUGGGGAACCCCAGUCGCCGCGAUGGUUCUAUCCUGAUAAAGAACGUUGACUUUGCAGACAACGGAACCUUCACCUGUGAUGCCAAGAACCCACCUGACAUUGCUGGCAGCCCCUCUCAUGUUCGACUGCUUGUGUUUGAGAAGGUUCCAGUCCAGGCUGGUGUGAUAACAGGAGCAAUUAUUGGCGUAGUGUUGGGACUGCUGAUCCUCAUUGUGGCAAUUUACUAUCUGAUGCGUUUCCUGGUCGCCAGACGAGUGUUCAGCUUGAGCAUGAGUAAACAUGGCAGGAAAGGCAAAGGAAAAGAAGGAUCACAGCAAAAACAGGCUUUGGCUGUGACGGAUCCGGCCAAGCUGAAAGCGGCAGCGUCUGAGAAGAAGAAACAGGAGUCUCGCAGGGAGAAGAAAUAGGGAUUGUGGAGCAGAGAGCUAGAGCUCCAGAGCGGGGCCACCUCCACCCAGACCCAAGCCCAGGAAGAGGCUGCGGGGAUGGGCAGGCAGGACAGGGUUCUUAUGACCAUUGAGCUAGAGCUCACUAAACAGGAGAGAGAGGGAGGGCAAACUAAAACGAGUCCCGCUGCGGUCUUUUCUCAACUCGCGCGCAAAUUCACUCUCAAGUGAGAUGGGUAUGAAAAGAGGGGGUGGUGGAGAGUUUUGGAGGCAAGGAGAUAAAGAUGAAUCCUUAAAAACAGGAGGACAGGAGAGGGGUGAAAUUUGUCUCAUUUUAAUUCAAUUCCAAAAAAAAAAAACUGUGUCCAAUCAAUGUGCAGCACGAUAAAUCUACAAACACAAUAUCUAUAAAUUUACUUGCAGCUGUGACAAACUAUUUUAUGAUUAUAACACAUAAUUAUUAUAUAGUUUGAUAUCAUGUGGGUUGUUUGUGUUCUGUUGUUGCUAUGUUCAGCUAUGUAGCUCCGCCCACAUUAAAAUCUAAUUCAUUCCAAUGCACUCUCCGGAUUCAGUGAGGUUCAAAAUUCUGAAUAGGUUCAACUGUAUUUGUAUUUAUUUCAUUUCAAUGCAUUGUGAUUAUAAACUAUACAAUCAGUUUAACAAUUUGCAAGAAAAUUUUAUUAUUGUUUUUUUUUUUUAUAUGAAUUUCAGAAUCUGUUAGUAUUUGAUUUGACUUUUGCUUUUAUAACAGCAGCUUUCGCGCUGCUUGAACUCCACAGGUUUGUGUAAAACUGAUUUGAGAUGAUCAUUUUAAGUCCUAAAUCCUAAAACCUUCUGGGAUGUUUCCAGGUUUAAAUUAGCUCAAAUCCCAGGUUUUUAUUGUGGACUUUUGAACCCCACUCGAGUCGUAUAUUGUACAUCUGUUCUGUGAAAAUGCACUCAGUAUUUGCUUUCAGGGAAAACAAGUUGUUGUGUUGCAACUGGUUAGGACACAGUGUUUUUUUUUUUUUUUUUUUUUUUGGUUACACAAAAAAAAAACCACAUUCACAACAAAACCCAGAGCUCGGAGCCAUCCAUUACACACACACUGACAGUUUGUGAGAGCUGUAAUAGUGGCAGAAUGGUUUCCCCUUGUUAAGUGACAGACAACUCUCUCUCUCUCUCUCUCUCUCUCUCUCUCUCUCUCUCUCUCUCUCUCUCUCUCUCUCUCGCUCUACACACACAUUCAAUCUUAUACAAGAACACAAUCCAAGCUGCACACUUUUCACACUUUGUAAUUUUGUUACAAAAUGGUUGGAUACUUUAUAUUAACUGUCUUUUUUCUCAUUCCCUCCCUCUCUAUCUAUUUUUCUGUUUUGUCUGUCUUUGGUCUUCCUAUUCUCUAAUCUCUCUACCUUUUGUUGUGUCUUUUUUUUAAUAUAUACUUUGUCUUCUAUUUUUCCACUAUUCUUGUCAUUUGAUAUACUGGUGCUAUUACAUCACUUCCUGUAGGCCGGCCCCCUAAAGUAGCCUCCCUCCCCAUCCUUAUUUUACUGAGAGCUAAAUAUAGCACUAGAUCAUGGAAUCAAAUACACACUUCCUCACCGUUAAAAUUUCAUUUCAGUCACAUAAAAUUUGUUCAUAUUUUGUCCAACACACACUAACAAUCAUCUCAUGUAUCCCAUCAAGCAAUUUUAAGUGCUAUCUCAAUAGGUUUUUGACAGGAGUUUGAAUCUGAUUUAGAGUUGGUGUGUUUUUGCUCUGACUGAAGUGACUGAAAUACCCAAAAUGACGUCGAAACUGCUGGCAGAGACAUUCACGCGCUGUGUGAGAGUUACUUGAUACUCUAAGUCAAAUUCUCAUGUCUGUC